AUGGGUUUAAGUGAGUGUGGUAUACCGGAAGACAAGCUCCCAUCAUGCUGGUCGGAUGAUGUUCGUAUGAACGCGUUAUUCGCCCCGUUCAGACUGAAAGUCGCGAAUCCCGAAUCCUGGGACAUGAAGAUGAAAUUCUGGUCAGAUAUGGUACGGCAGUGGUGUAGAUGUAAAACUGAUCCUAUCGUGUCGGCUGCGGACGUGAGAAGCGCCUUCCAAAGAAGAGGAAGGACGGCUGCGUGUUUGGACAUAGUCAUAGAAGAAAUGUAUCACAAUGGUGACCUGUCUCCAAUAUCAAAAUACCACCAGAUUCUCCACAAUGGGCCUGAAAGCUGGGUUCGUUGGGGAGCUCGGCUUGCCUUCAAACCUGCUGCAAUAGCCAUAACUGCUGUUACAUCACUAUUACCAGCAAGACAAGCAAUAGAUAACAAUGGAUUACCAAAAGCCAGUAUAGAUUCUACGCAGAGAUUUGUUCUGGAGAGUGCAGUUAAGGAGCAAGCUAAUGAGUUGUUGAACAACUUUCCAGCUGGUGCAGAAAGGAUUGGUACUAUUGAAGAACUCAUGAGAUGUAGUGGUUUCACUAAUAGGGAGGUCUUUGAAGUGCUUUUGGGUUAUUUGGUGUCACAGGGUAUGGCUAUCAAGAGUGGGGAUGUCGUCAAAAUAGCCGAACCUAACAAAAAAGUCCAACCGGUUACGGAAAUGGACUCCGCGAUGGUGAAAUUGAUGUCCGCUGAGACCCGACUGUCUGAUGACGUCGCACGACUGUCGCGCGACGUUUCUGUCGCAGAGUCCGAAGCGAGGGCCGCCAUGAAGCUUGGCAAUAAAAUCGCUGCUAAGAACCAUUUGAGGAGGAAGAUGAGGACCGAACAGAAGCUGCAUCAGUGUGAAGCGGCGUUGGAGAAUAUCAAGGAACUGAUGCUGCAGGCUAGGAAUAGUGACGUCACAUCCGCCGUCGUAGAUACAUACAGGAACAGUGCCAAGGCUAUGAAGCAAACAAUGAAGGAUGGAGGUCUAGAUGAAGACUCUGUUUAUAAUACAAUGGAUGACCUGAAAGAUGUAAUGGAUAGUUACAACGAAGUAGAGAAGGCUCUUGGUGGUGUUAUAGAUGAUGUGGACGUUGAGGACUUGGAGCAGGAGCUGAAGGAACUACUGGAGGGAGGAGGAGGAGGCGGCGGGGACGGAGUGUCUCUGCCAUCACCGCCUCGCCAGCAGCCAGAGAGAGAGAACUCGUUCGUGUUUGACGGAGAGGAAAGAAUGUUGGCUGACUUGAGAGACCUCGGGGAGGAGAGAGGGAAAGAGAAGGAGAGGGAAAAGGAAAAGGAAAAAGUCUUGGUGGCGGAGGGAGUGGCAGUUAGUGAGAAAUCCCCUAAAUCGAAGGUUCGAGCCAGCCAGCCGUGGUACCCAGCCAGUGAUUGGUCAAACAUGAACACCAAUAUAGAUAAUAUGGCCAAGGAUUACGCUGAACUGAGAUUGGAUAAUAGAUUGCAUCCGGGUCAGCCACUAGACGUGGACUUCACGACGCCUCCUCAAUACACCGGUGACUACCACGUACGUGACCAUACACCUGGCGCAAGAGUGUGGCUAUAUAAUAGUAGAGAUGAACUGGCUCCUAGCACCGAGUAUUGCAGUUCGGAGAGUCCUGGUAAAGAAACCGAUUCAAAAUCCUUCCAGAUGGCACCCGGAGGUGAGAGGAAGAAAUCUGAAGCCUGGCCCAAAGAUGAUGUGCAGGACUUGGAGAGGAGGUUGAAGAACUUGAGGGGGUUCAACUUGUAG